CUAGACCCCAUCAUCCCACAUCGCCGUCAAUUGACCACUCACGGCCCCGAAGCCUGCAGCCCGCAACCCGAGGACACAGGAUCGCAGCUCGCACUACCAAACCACCCAUCACACACAGACCAGAACGAGGGGACGAGAGACAUUACAUCGCACACAUGGAGGGGUUGCGUCGACGAUCCAAGCGCAAUGCUGAUCCCUUCUAUCGGUUUUCCUCAUCUGUGCUGUCUAUCGCCCAUCACCCCGCGCUCGGCGCCCGUAUAUGCGCACGAGGCAUCCGAGAUCGAAUUAUCGCUCCCGGCGGCUAGUGUACUCCCCCUUCCUCAUCCAAACUGCUUCAAACCGACGUCCUCGCCAACGCCGAGCUCAAGUCUCCAAUUCUUGUCAUUCUUGUCCACCAAGUGCAACAUUGUGUGGUCUGACACGGUCACAAUCUUCUCGGUGGAGUCGCCAAGCGCUUGGCUUCUCGCGACCGCGCAAGAUGGUGUGGACCGGGCCAAGUGA